ACGUCUCGCACGCGUUCGUAACUUCGAAACUUUUCGUAGUGUGGUUCCAAGUUCCAAUAAGACUUGGCCGUUUUGUUUUGUGGGAUGUGAUGUGAUUGUGACAAUGUGGAUUAUGUUUGUGUUUACUAGUAUUUAGGAUACCGAGGAGGAUUUUCUUUAUUUUGUAUUUGUCGCAUGAGACGGCAACAUGUCGGCGGUGAUGUCCACGCUGUCCAUGAUCAGUGGCGGCCGCCGCGCGCACCGCAAGCUGCCCAGCUCGAGCGGGCGCAAGUCCGGUCAGCUGUCGGACGCGGGCGAGGACCGGCGCCGUCGCGACAGCGACCUCACCAAGCAGCAGCGGUCCGCUUCUUUGCAAACCCUCGAAGCGGGCGGGGUCGUCAACCUCGAGAGCCUGGAGGCCAAGAUGGCCAGCAUCGAAGUGUCGCUGGCUGGUCGGCGGCGCAGCGCGGGCGCACGCGACUCUCGUGAGCUUGAUGCGCUGCGCACUGCGCUCAAUGACAAGGAUGCGCUUAUUCACAGUUUAAAGAAGCAGCUAAGCGCAUCACUAGCAGCGGCGCGACUCGCGCCUGGCUCGCCCGGCGGUCGGCGUGAAACGGCGACGGCGUUGUCGCCGGAGGAACGGCGCGCGUUGGACGAGCGCGCCGCCGCCGUGCGCGCCGAUCUCGAUGCGCGCCGUGCUAACAUACAGGAGCUGAGGCGGCGGCUUGAGAAGACACAUGUUACUGACAACAUCGACACGCGGAUACAGCAAGCAGAGCUACAAUACAAGCUGGGACGCGAAGAACUAGAGUUGCUGACGUUGAGCGAGCAAGCGCGCGCGCUCGCGCAGUUGAUCGACCACGCCGACGCCGCCGCGCGCGCCGAUGCUACUUACUACAGCACGUUGCGAGACUGCGGCGGCAGUGCCUUGCUGGUAGCAGCAGAAGCAAGAGAUGGGUCCUGGGGCGCAGCUCCUCGCGGAACAGGACUAUGUGUGGAUUGGUCACGCGAUAACACCUUGAGAGUUGGAGACAGAUUGGUGGAGAUAAACGGCACGAACGUGUUGUCAUGCCGAAGCGUCGAGGAGCUACAACGUGCAGCAAGCGCGGCGGCGCCGGCGCGCCUCGUGCUGCUGAGAUCACAGGGCUCGCCGCCUGCCACUCCGAACCAUCCCAAUACUAACAAUACAAGCCCGGCGCCAGUUCCGGCUACACCCAACACAUUCACACAGAACGAAGCAGCAUCAUUGCGUGCUGAGCUCGGCGCGUUACGAUCGGCAGCCGAGCAAGCCCAGAAAGCCAAGGAGGGUCUUCGCGCCGAUAACACACGCCUUACACACCGCAUCUCGUAUCUUGAAGAACAAGUCGCUGAGCUCUAGCGAGGCAUCCACAGCUCCAGCCGGUCAGCAGUAGCGACAGCUGCAUAACGGUCAACAAGACCAAGAAGAACGUGACCAACAUCAGCAUCAGCUCCGAGCCGCACUCCAAGAGCCCCAAGUCCGAAGUCCAAGUCUUCCAGAAGGGUCCUGACA